CCAGUGAAUCAAGAGCUGCAUCAUCAGAGUAGCUGAACUCUCUAGCUCUUGCUUCGCAGGAUGGCUCCAGCACCUGUGAAUCUGUGUCUUGUUCUUCUGCUACUUCUCUUCCUUAGCUCUGGGGGAACUAUCAACACAGUUGAUGCCCAGAAAACAUGGUGCGUGGCCAAACCUUCAACCAGUGAUAUAACUCUGAAGGACGACAUCGAGUACGCCUGUUCUCAGGUCGACUGCAGCGUGAUCGAAAGGGGAGAGCCCUGCUUCUACCCUGACACACUGAUCUCCCAUGCUUCGGUGGCCAUGAACCUCUACUAUCAAUCCCGGGGGAGGAACCACUGGAACUGCUACUUCAAUAACUCUGCCGUCACCACGGUCACUGAUCCAAGUUAUGGAGCCUGCAAGUACGCUUAGUAGAGGAAACUUCCCCGACCUAUGGACUGCUGUGUGGUCAACCUACCAGUGAUAGAAUCAUCACCUAGAACUGGGAUUAAAUAAAGACCACAUCUGUUGAUUAGCUGUGAAUGUAAAGAGAAGCUCUUGUUGCCGCUUGCAGCAGUUCCUCCCUCUGUUUUCUAUCUUCAGGUGGCACGCAAUAGUCACAUAUGUAGUUGAUAGAAAGUUUAUGAUUAACAAUAUAAGAAACGCCGCAAUGUCUAUGAUUAA